AUGGUCCUGGGGCUCGGGACGGGGUCCACGGCCGCCUUCGCCGUCGCCGAGAUCGGCGCGCUCCUCGCCAGCGGGAAGCUCUCCGGCAUCGUCGGCGUGCCCACCUCCAAGCGCACCUUCGAGCAGGCCAUGUCGCUCGGGAUCCCGCUCUCCACGCUCGACGACCACCCCGUCAUCGACCUCGCCAUCGACGGCGCCGACGAGGUCGACCCAGAUCUUAACCUUGUCAAAGGGCGGGGUGGAGCCCUGCUCCGGGAGAAGAUGGUCGAGGCCGCGUCAGCAAAGUUUGUCGUCGUCGUCGAUGAGACGAAGCUGGUCGCCGGCCUGGGAGGGAGCGGCCUCGCCAUGCCGGUGGAGGUCGUGCAGUUCUGCUGGAAGCACAACCAAGUAAGGCUGCAGGGUCUGUUCAACGAAGAAGGCUGCGAGGCGAAGCUGAGACUGAAUGAGGAUGGCAAGCCCUAUGUUACUGACAACUCGAACUACAUUGUCGAUUUAUACUUCAAGACGCCGAUCAGGGACGCGCUGGGCGCGGGCAAGGAGAUUGCGGCUUUGGAAGGAGUUGUUGAGCAUGGCUUGUUUUUGAACAUGGCAACUUCAGUGAUCAUUGCCGGAUCGGACGGCGUCAGUGUCAAAACAAAGUUCUAG